AUGGCUUCGUUCACCGUCAACUGGCCUGCCGUCGUCGUGGCAUUGAGUGUGGCCUAUGUUACACGCUACAUCUGGCUCGAGGCUCAGCAUUCACGAAAAGCACGUCGACUAGGUUGCAAACCGGCCUUUGUGCGGCCCAGCCGAUUACCUUUCGGGAUUGAUAUUAUGCUUCGCUACGUGAGAGCCACUGAGGCACAAGACCAGCAAAAUGACGAUCUCGCUCUCUACGAUGAACUUGGUCGGCGGCCCACCUGGUACCAGAACAUCAUGGGAAAUUGGCACCACUAUACCGUCGACCCGAAAAACGUGCAAGCGAUCCUGGCAACGCAGUUCAAUGAUUUCGAACUUGGUCCCCUGCGAUCUGGCGCAUUCGGGCCAUUGAUCGGAAAGGGUAUCUUCACGAGCGACGGCAAAGAAUGGUCGCACUCUCGAGGGCUCUUAAGGCCUCAAUUUACCCGGUCACAGGUUGCCGACUUGGCUCUGGAGGAGAGUCACGUCCAGUCUCUCUUCGACUGUUUGGCCGUGGGAGCGGAUUCAUGGACUGGCACGGUCGAUCUUGCCCCUCUGUUUUUCCAUUUGACACUUGAUUCGGCCACGGAAUUCCUCUUUGGACAGAGCGUGCACUCCCAGAAAGCUGCCAUGAUGCGGACAGAGAAUCAAACCACGCCACGAGAACUCGAAUGGGCAUCGUUUGGGCAAAGUUUUGACAAUGCGAACUUGGCGGUGUGCUAUCGUUCACGAUUGAUGGACCUUUACUACCUCUACUCGCCCUCUUCAUUCCGCAGAGAUUGUCAAGCAGUCCAUCGAUUUGCGGAAUACUACGUGAAACGUGCGCUGGAAACGGAUGAGCCGAUGAGCAGCUGUGGAGAGAAGAGGAAGACCUACGUCUUCUUGGAUGAGCUUGUGAAAGUGACAAGAGACCCUCAAGAACUCCGGGGUCAGCUUCUAAACAUUCUACUUGCCGGUCGAGAUACGACGGCAGGGUUACUGGGCUGGACGUUCUACCUCCUUGCGCGCAACCCAGAGGUUUAUUCGACCCUUCGCGAAGCCAUCGUCGACCAGUUUGGUGCAUACCCUUCCACGGCCGCCAUCUCAUUCGAGUCUCUCAAAUCGUGCACUUACCUACAAAACGUCAUGUCUGAAGUCCUCCGUCUCCACCCGAUUGUGCCAGAGAACGGGCGACGUGCUGUUAGAGACACGACCCUUCCACGAGGGGGUGGGCCUGACGGUACUUUGCCCAUCUAUGUUCGUAAAGGCUCCGAAGUCGGCUACAACGUACACAUCAUGCAUCGACGUACAGAUAUCUGGGGACCUAAUGCCAACGAGUUUAAGCCCGAAAGGUGGAGCCAUCUCAAGACCGGCUGGGAGUAUCUCCCUUUCAACGGUGGUCCACGAAUCUGCCUGGGUCAACAGUUUGCUCUGACCGAGGCAGGCUAUGUCAUUGCCAGAAUUGUCCAGAGGUUUGAUCGGGUGGAAAACAUGGACCCAUCGCCCGUCACAAAGCACCGCUUUACGGCGACCACGUCACCUGUCAACACGCUUGUGAAGCUGCACGAGGCUGUAUCGUCAUAG